CAAACAACGCUAAAAACCAGCAAAGCACAGUCUGCGCUUUUCUGCCCGUUAACACUAGUUGGCCUUUUCUGCUAAAAGUCGUGUAAAUUAAGACCUUAAACAUCACAUUUUAAAGUUUACUUGUCUUUUUUGAUAUUUGAGCAAGAACCUACCAUGGACACAGACAACGAAAAGGUUCCGAGCAUAAGACGGAGGGAGCUCCCGCCAAUUUCACACAAACGGGGUCCACGUGCAUUACCAUCUCUGCCAAGUCAAGAUACAGCAGAUGAAAUGCCAGUUCUAAGGACUAAGAAGAAAAAGGCCAAGCGUGAAGUGGACACAGAGGGAGUCGAGGCUCCUGAGGCUACAGGAGAUGCUGGGAUUGAGAUGGGGGACAUGGACAGCCGCAGACCGUCAGAGAGCCAGGAGCGUUUGACCCCUGAACCCCAAGAAAAUCCACCACAGAGGAAGAAAAAGAAGAAGAAAGCCCAAGUUAUUGAUCCAGAAAGUGACCAGACUGACCUAGUACAGAACGGAGACAUGCCUGACCAGAACACGGACGAGGAACCAACACGAAAACCCAAGAAGAGGAAGCUGAAGCCUAAAGUGACAGACGUGCAGUUAAAUAACGAGUUAGCCGUAGAAGAUGAUGACAUCAUCACAGAUGCCCAGCCUCCGAUCCCCCAACAUGCUUUGUUCUCUGCCCCUCAGGGUCCUAGUCAGCCCAUGGCCAAGGUGUUCAUUGAGAGAGGGCGUCGUUUUCAGCCAGCUGAGCGUAUAGACAGACGUAAGACCAGCAGCAGUCAGAUUGAGCAGAACUUCAUGGAUGUCCAGUCGAUGUGGACCACCAGAGACGUGUCCAUGAGAGUGCACCGAGGCUUCAGGGUGAUAGGCCUGUUCUCUCAUGGCUUCCUGGCUGGUUAUGCAGUAUGGAAUAUUGUAGUGCUGUACGUUUUGGCAGGGGAGCAGAUGAGCACUCUACCUAAUCUACUCGAGCAGUACCACACACUGGCUUACCCUGCACAGUCCCUCUUCUACUUCCUACUGGCUCUUAGCACUGUUUCAGCCUUUGACAGAGUGAACCUGGCCAAAGCGUCUGUGGCUUUGAGGAGUCUGCUCACUCUGGAUCCUCUGGCACUCGCCUCUUUCUUAUAUUUCUCGGCUCUGGUUCUGUCUCUAAGCCAGCAGAUGACCAGUGAUCGCAUCAACCUCUACUCUAGCCCCAAUGCUUCACUAUGGGUGCCUGGCCCUGAACACAGUGCACUGUACCCCUGGAUCAUAGUGAAUCUAGUGGUCACUCUGUUGGUGGGCUUGGCCUGGGUCUUGGUGUCCACCUCCCCAGAUGUAGAUUACACAGAAGACUUCUUGAUGGCGAUGGAAAUAGAAUAUCCCAAACCUGAGGAGAAAGGAGACGUCCCUGCCUGAGACACAGCACCUGCGUAAAUGUGAAUAUUUUUGCACUCUGCCCUGAUGUAAGACUGUAAAUAAAGUUUAGAGAAUGAAAACCUCUAA